CUUGAAUGUAAUAACAAGACUUCAAAAGCGGUCGCUUUAAUACAUGCGCUGCAUAUGCUGAGCUUUUUAGGACUUGGUCAGAGUGUCGAUAUUAAAGUAAAUUUACAAGAUGAAGAACAUAGGAGAAAGGAGGAACUAAGGAGUGAAGAUGGGCACAUUCAUUCACUACCUGUUUAUUAUGAUGGUGAAAACGUUUGUGGAUCUGUACAUGUUGGUCUAAAGAGAGGAGGAAAACUUGAACAUCAAGGAAUUAAAAUUGAAUUUAUUGGUCAAAUUGAGCUAUACACUGAUCGUGGGAAUCGUGAAGAGUUUGUUGCUUUGUGUCAAGAUUUAGCACGUCCUGGGAUACUUUCUCAUUCAACAAGCUAUCCAUUUGAAUUUCUUCGUGUUGAAAAGCCGUAUGAAUCAUACUGUGGCACAAAUGUUCGUUUAAGAUACUUCCUGCGAGUAACCAUUCAAAAAAGAAUUGCUGAUGUAACGAAAGAAUUCGAAUUAGUGGUUCAUUCUACCAUGAGAUGUUCUGAAUCAAGUGACAGUAUUCAAAUGGAAGUUGGAAUAGAGGACAGUUUGCAUAUUGAGUUUGAGUACAAUAAAUCAAGAUAUCACUUACAAGAUGUUAUUGUUGGCAAGAUAUACUUUCUUUUGGUUCGAGUUAAAAUAAAGAAUAUGGAGAUACAAAUUCUGAAACGUGAAACUAUUGGUGCAGGACCAACUGCAUUUACGGAAACUGAAACUGUUGGUAAAUAUGAGAUAAUGGAUGGUGCCCCUGUACGUGGCGAGUCAAUUCCAAUUAGGCUAUUUCUGCAUAUCUAUGGCUUAAGUCCAACUAUGCGUGAUGUUCACCGCAAGUUUUCAGUACGAUAUUUCCUAAACUUGGUACUGUUAGACGAAGAAGAUCGACGAUAUUAUAAGCAGCAGGAAAUUAUACUCUACCGAAAAUCUGAUCGGCGACUUCAAGCAUACGUCCAACAAAUUACAGAAAAAGGUUAUGAUGAAAGCAAAUGUGUAGACAAGGAAUUGAAAGCUAAUUGCGAUGGAGAAAUACACCCGAAAAAUGAAGUAGCUAACGAGACUCCUGAUGGUGAUACAACAAACCACCAUAGACAAGGUGAUGAUAAUACAAUCAAAUCAAAACUACUUCCUAGUCAUGAUUCUUCUCCUGGUGGUGGUGUUAAACAAGGUGAUGAUGUUCAAGUAUGCGGUAUUGACGGAGAAGACAGUGAUAGCAAUGACUCAUUCUCUCCGCAUACACGUUCAGCGAGAAGUAUGCAUCGCUAUGAAUCAAAACAAGUUCAUAAGUAUACUGAACCUUCAACUACUACUAUCAGUAUUCUUGCAACCGAUUCACCUACACAUCCUUCUGAUAUUUCAACAACUACACAGAAUUCAACUUAAGGAGAUUGUAAAUCUAUCCAUCUUAAAUGCAUACUAUUUAAAUUCAAUCCAAUAUAUAUAACUAUUUUGACACCUCGAAGAAUAGCUGUGAUAUAAAACAACACUAUAUGUAACUGACUUUAUCAUCUGCAUUUCUGUUGUUUCAUCAGGGCUAUAAGAAAAAGAAAAAAGUCACUUCACAUUAGCGAUAUGUGUCUUUCACUACAUACUGCUAUUAUUACUAUUAUUAUUAUGAUAAACGAAGCGAAAUAAUGUUGUAGACUAAAUCUCCUAAUUGCUUGACAUUCAUAUUAUUAUACAAUUUCUUAAUUAUUUGGUAUCGCAUUUCUCUGGUUGACUAGGUAGUUAUUGAUGAUAAUGAUGAUGAUAAUAACACCCGG